UGACAUUGGGUACCCUUGACUAUAGCUGAAAAUUACUAACUUACCAAUAUAAAAGCUUAGAUGAACAGAAAACCUACCUGCAGAGCGCCUCCAUUUCUCUUUUGUUUCGUGGUAGUCUCCUGGUGUGCCUCCAUUUUUCAGUUCUCCUUUCCAUCUUUGAGGUUUGCAGCUGCUCAAGAGAUGGGAUCAGCCGUAUGGAAUCCGGUAUUAGUAGACCUACUUUGUGACUUAGUUAUCAAGGAGGUGGAGGCUAAUAAUCAACCAAAUAGUCAUUUGAGCAAAGAGGGAUGGCAAAAUGUGCUAAGUAAUUUCAAUAGAGAAUCGAAUAAAAAUUAUACAAAAAAACAAUUGAAAAAUAAAGUUGAUGUUCUUAAGGGGGAAUGGAAAUUAUGGAAAGAUCUAAAAACAAAACAUACCGGCCUUGGGUGGGAUCCAAGGCUCCAAACCAUUGAUGCAGAGGACUCUUGGUGGAAUCGCCAAAUUGCGGUAUGUUUUUUUACAUCUCAAUCAGUUUUUUUUUUCCUUGUGUUCAUCUCAUCUUCCUUACACUUAAACAUGUUACAAUUUAACUUUUUUCCUCUCUUUCGAAAGAAAGGAAUUCCCCCCGAGUUUGAAGAGAAGUUGGAUAGAAUGUUUACUGGGACUUCAGCCACGGGUUUGAAUGCAUAUGCACCAGGUUCAUCAUUGCCUUUACCUAAUAGUCCUUUGGAAGAAGAAAACCUUGAAGGAAAUGGUGAUUCUGAGGAUACUGUGGACCCAUCCCCCACUUCUACUAAAAGAAAAAGAAGUGUCGUUGAGAAAAAAUGCAAAGGUUCGGCUACAAGACCUGGAAGGGUGGGAGGUGCGGCUCUUUUAGCCAAAACAAUAGAUCGAAUGUCUGAUGCAAUUGAGAGUAGAAGUACAGCAACUUCUAGGAGCAACACCACUAUUAAAGAAGUGAUGAAGGUAGUUAGCUCGUUACCAGGGGCAGAGCAAGGUAGUAGCUUGUGGUUUUUUUGCACUCGGUUGUUUCUAAAUCAAGAAAAGAGAGAAAUGUUUUGUACUAUGGAAGAUCCCGACUUGAAGUUGGCGUGGUUGAAUGGUUUGGAGGUCGAGUUUAGGACAUUGGGUUCAAAUAUAACAAGUCAUAUUGAAGUUGUGGGAAUGCUAGUAUAUAUACUAGGACAUGGAUGUGGAAAUAGAGAUGCACAAGAGCGGUUUAUGCAUUCGGGUGAAACCAUUAGUAGAUAUUUUGGGCAAGCAUUAGAUAUAGUUGCUUCAUUUGGUGAUAAAAUGAUUAAGCCCUUGGAUCCAGAAUUUAAUGGUGUUGCACAAGAGAUAAUGAGGGAUACUAGAUACAUGCCACAUUUUAAGGAUUGUAUUGGUGCUAUUGAUGGAGUGCAUAUUCCCGCUUCAGUAUCUCCUCUAAAUGCCACUCCGUAUAUUGGAAGAAAAGGAUUCCCAACACAAAACGUUAUGGCAGUUUGUAAUUUCGAUAUGCAAUUUAUAUUUGUAUGCGCCGGUUGGGAAGGGUCAGCACAUGACACGAGGGUGUUCAAGUCGGUUAUUGGAAAUCCUAACAUGAAUUUUCCGAAACCGCCAAGAGGAAAAUAUUAUUUGGUAGAUGCGGAUUACCCACAGAUGAAUGGAUAUUUGGGACCUUAUAAAUGUCUAAAACAACAUUUUCAACAAUACAGAGGGCGAGAACCAAGAAAUGCAAAAGAGAUUUUAAAGGACAUGCAAGGUUUUUCAUUUGAGAAACAAGUGAAGAUUGUUAUUGCAACCAUGACUCUUCAUAAUUAUAUAAGAAGAUAUGCAAAUCGUGAUGCCCAUUUUGUUCGUUGGGCAGAAAGGGUGGUUGACAUACCAAAUGAUGAGGUAGAGAUGGAUAAUGAUGGAGGGGAAAAUGAGCAUGGUCAUGAUGCACGGGAAAUUGAAGCAAUAAGAAAUGAAAUCACUCAAAGUUUGAUGAGUGCGCGUAUAAUAUGA